AUGGCAUACCAUAACGUUGAAGAACCAAGCAAACACAGGAGACAGCAACAACAAGAGACCAAAAUGCUGCCUUUGGCAAACACGAUAGCAGCCGCUACCCGCAUUCGUCAACUUUUUGAAAGUAAAAAGCUUAGCUAUGCCAUCUUGGCAGGCCUAGAAAUGCUUUGUUUAGGACAUCAGCGCGAGAUAUCGGGUCUACAUAUCGCCUAUGAAGACAAGGACUUGGAUCGCAUCAGAGCAAAACUUCAGGCAGAUCGACGCGUUCAUAUUCCUGACGGCAUGAACUCUUUAAUUCCGACAAAACUACUAGUUCAGACGGGUCCGGCAUAUCUAGACACGGGAUGUACAAGUCCUGGAACUGUCGAGGUUUAUUUGAUACCCUCUGGCUCUUACGGAACCCCACGGAGCGGUACACUCGCGAAUAAUAUCACACUAUUGAGCCUCAGGUCCGAUGGUAUUUUGAAGACAUACAAGGGACUUAACAUGCUUUAUCUUAUGAAGUCAAUGUUAGAGUACUGCACGGCCGCCGACUUGGCCUGGGAACCACGGAAGGAUAUUCUUUUCUUGUGUCAACACUAUGGAGAGCAAGUCCAAUCGGUCCGCAGUCAACUAGACGCGAACUUGAUACUCAACACAUUCUUACGCUCGCCAUUCUUCAAUCGACUAUCUUUUGGGGAUCAGCGCAGGUGCUAUCAGAUACUUCGAGCGCAAGAACCGCCGCCACUUGUCGCACAGAUUCCUCCAGCAGGACAGCCAGACUUACCGAGACCGCGAGUCGAUUCCCAUAAUGGACCUCCAACUGGUCUUGUGAACUCUUCACACGCUCAGAAGGCCUUGCCAUCCAAGAAACACGCCACAUACCACAGCUCCGAGCCUCUUGGGCCUGGCAUAGUCCCCGUGAUGCCCUCAAACGUUACAAGCUCAACUCAAGAUUCUCGUAACCGAUACCGGCGAGCAAGUACUCUGGGAAGAGAAGGUCAGCCCGGAAAUAGCCCUCGAUCUAUAAGUAUGCAGCACAAACAAGAAGAGCCAGUUUCGUCGAACAACCUCCAGCACUUUGCGCCACAAGCCAUGGCAAAUGGAAGGUCCAGCCAAUAUGGACCUGGUAUGAGCCCUCAAGCUAAUCAAGCCAUGCGGUCCUCUUCCGUCGGUCACCCUGGAUACCUUGCAUCUCUUAUCUCGCCACCACAAGUUCCUGCUAUACCACUCUCAUACAGCCAGCGACAACAACAUAUACAAGAAGCACAACAAAGACUAUGCAGCGGACAAGUAUUCCAACAGCCACCAAUACAGAACAUUCCUAUCACAAACAACCCGCCACCACUCCAACCACGACACGCGCAUCAAAGCCGGCCACAGACCUCUGGAAACCCUACACCAAGCACACAACUCACAGCCGCCAACCCAUUUCAACCCAAACCCGACCCCAAGCGAAAAGACUCCGGCUCCGGCCUCCAACUCGUCGGUUCCCAAGGCCUUUGGGCGCCCUCCGCUUCCACCCCCACCACGCACGGCUUUCCACUCCCUCCCACCACCCCCAAAACAGCGGCAAACCUCACAACCGCACACGGCUUCCCCCUUCCUCCAAGCACAACAAAAACAACAGCAAACUCCACCCCAACAACCAUAUCCGAACUCCCCACCAAAAGCCCUCGACGCCUCCCCCGCCAAAACUCCUCCACCAUCCUCGCCGAACUCUCCGCGAACAUCGACGACGCCAUAAAAACAGCCACCACACCACCCCUCUCGCACUCCCCACCAUCUCACGUUCCAUGUUACAAACAUGCGGCAUCUGGUUCCGUGGAGUUGCCUGCGAGUUUGAAGAUUAGGUUUAGUACUUUACCUUCCGCUUCAGCCACGACUACUACAGAAAGCACGAGAAAUGGCGAUACAUCAACAUCAACAGCACCACUCCCCCUCCCCGGAACAAAUGCAAGCCGCUACUCCCAAAUCUUCUCCACGCCCUCGUCCACACCAGCACCUACACCAACACCAAACGUAGCAGACCUAAUGAGAUCUCUCGUCGUAUCACCAGAGCCUACAACACCGCCACUCACACCAGCCCCACUUUCGGUAUACAAAGCGUAUCAACCACCGCCUUCACAGCCACCCACUAGAACAGAGUCUUGGGACAUGUUAGAUCCGGCUUCGGCAUACUUGACUUCGGCAGAGUUGCCAAUGUCACCGCCUGUGUCACCACCUGUCGAGGAUGCUUGGAUUGAUGUGCUGGAGCUGGCCAGGGAAUAUCAAAUGGAGAUGCCGGGUUUUGAAGAGGGGUAUGGGUCUGGGUCUGGUUGA